UCAUUUCGUUGUAAACAAAAAUGUUGCAUUGUCAUUAUCAGUGGUUGGCAUUGCUGCCUAGUAACACUGAGGCCCUGGGCUCAAUUCCGGUUCUGGGGUGAUGGAUUGCCGUCCCGUCCAUGGUGUAUCCUGCCUUGUGCCCGUUGCCUGCCGGGAAAGGCUUCAGCUCGCCCGCGACCCUGAAUUGAAAUAAGCGCUUAGAAAAUGUAUGCCAAGAUUGCGACAACGGUUUUUUCUGACUGCUCGUGAUUACUACUUGCAGUACCUACUCCUGUACCGAAGGUGGCGAUAUUUAGGAAACUUUAGCUUUGCGUUUGGUGCGGUUUGUCCCUCUCGCGUUCCACUCCCUGCUGGGGGAGGCGACGGCGGGUCUUCAGCGAGGCUCAAAUACAGAAGGCAAGUAGAGGCGAAGGAGCUGCGAUGUGUUCCCUGGCGCUCUUUCCUCCACCGCUGCCGGCUGGCCAGGUCUCCCUGUACGAGUCCAGCAACGAGCUGGUGUCCGGCAGCACGCUGGACAGUUACCAGAGACAGGAGUGGGACCCGCCCUCCCUGCUCAUUCCCAAGGACACGCUGAAGCCCCACAGCCGCCUGGAGUGCAGCAGCAAGGCUGCCUUCAUCGACCACCAGGAGGCGCUGUGGAUGAGGAGUGCCAAUGCCUGGCGUGAUGCGGGGCUCAUGGGAUUGCUGGAUGAGAUCGCCAACUCCGUUGAUGAAGUGCCCAGGUGGAUGGCGGUGGGAUCCGGCUGCAGCCUGGCCCUUCUGCGAUGGAUGUCUUCCUUCCAUGGCUCUCUCUUCCCCCAUCUCGCUCUGAGCAGUGAAGACAUGGUAGUGGAAUUUUCCCAGGUGCUUGAUUGGGCCAACUGCUCGGUGCGUGGAUUUGCCUGGCACCCCCACACCGAUAAGUUUGCUGUGGCUCUCUUGGAUGACUCUGUCAGGGUGUACAACGCCAAGAGCGCCACGUCGCCCACCCUGAAGCACCGCCUCCAGAGGAAUGUGGCUGCCCUGGCGUGGAAGCCCCUGUGCGCGUCGGCGCUGGCGGUGGCCUGUCAGAACUGCGUCCUGGUCUGGCAUGUCGACCCCACCUCCCUCUCGACCAGGCCGUCCUCGGGCUGCGCGCAGGUGCUGUCUCACCCAGGACAUUCUCCAGUGACCAGCCUGGCCUGGGCGCCCAGCGGCUCUGUGCUGCUCUCGGCCUCCCCUGUGGACACUGCCAUGAUGGUGUGGGAUGUGGCUGGAGAGAGCUGUGUGCCCCUCCAGCGUGUGGGUGGUGGUGGCGUCACCUUCUUGUCCUGGUCACCAGAUGGCAGCAGAGUCCUGGCCUCCACUCCUUCUGCCCUCUUCAGAGUCUGGGAGACGCGCAUGUGGACCUGUGACAGGUGGCCCUGUUUGAAGGGGCGCUGUCAGACGGGGUGCUGGAGUCCGGACGGGAGCCGCCUGUUGUUCUGUGUGCAGGGAGAGGCUGUGAUCUAUGCCCUGACCUUCACAGACGCCCCAGGGGAGCCCCUGGGAGGGGGAGGGGGCUCCAGAGCCGCUGCCGUCGUGGCCGACCUCUCCGAGACCACGUUCCGGACCGAGGAUGGGGAGCUCAGGGUUGGGGGAGAAGUCCAGGCUGUGGCAUGGGACCCCCGGGGGGAGAGGUUGGCCGUGCUUCUGAAAGGUGACCCAGAGGCUGUGGAUCAUCCCGCCUUCAUCGCUGUGUUUAAAACACGCACCAGUCCAGUCUUUGAGCUGCUUCCCUGUGGUUUUAUCCAGGGAGAGGCAGGAGCAGAGCCCCGGCUGAUACAGUUUCACCCUCAUUUCCAGAAGGGAGCCCUACUCACUGUGUGCUGGUCUAACGGGAGGAUAUCUCAUGUCCCCUUCUACUUCAUGAGUGCCAGGACGCCCCUGCUGGGCCUGGGGGGGAGCCCGCCCCUGCCCUUAUCCAGAGCGGUGGAGAAUGGGGAGAGACCACUCUACACGGAGCUGGGCUCGUAGGCAAGCAGGCAGGGGGAGAACUUCAGCGUGACGCCGUUCCACUGUGAGCUGGGUGCGGGGCAUUGAACAGUCCAUGGCUCUGGGCGGGAGCUCGCCUCCACCCCCCUGAUCCACUUGGAAGCACCUUCCCGCGUUCGAAGACCGGAACCAGCUGUCGAUGGGUCACACCACGGAUCAGAGCUGCCUGGCCCAGUCUGAACAUGGGUGCAGACUUCUCUUCAUGUAAGAAACUGACUUUGGGAUGUGGAUCUUGGUCAUCAUUAGAAGUACGUACUGCUAAUCAAAUUAACUGAACAAUGCUGAAGGCUUCAAAUGGACUUUUCUGAUAGUGGCGCAGGAUACUUGUAUUUCCUGUCUGCUCUUCUUAGUGUUAAUAAAGCAUAACUAUAUCUGCAGUAGUAGUCACAUGCAACGUGUGCCUAAUCUCAUUUGUAAUGAAUGGCUGUAGACACUUCAUUAAUAUCCUGCAGUGCUACUGUUUAUAGUAAAUUGAGGAUUAAUAGAAUAUCUUUUGGACUUUUACAACAAAAGCAUGACCUAUUUUUUUAAAAAAAUAAAUACAUCUGCUAAAUGCCAUUAAAAUGUCAA